AUGCCGGCAUUUGACUUACAAGGCCCAAUAAGUCAGCCUCCAUCAGUCGGCAGCACCUAUUCCAACGAUUCUGGGCCCUUCUCCACCUGCGGCGACAUGAAUUUCAACUACAGCACGGAGCCGGUAAGUCUUUACCUAGCUUUCUUCUCACUUUAGACAGCAAGAAAUACGAGUAUAUUCAAUUUUCAGCCAGCCAUGGCUUAUCCAACGAUGCAAUCCCACGGAUAUCCCUACAUCCAGAUGGAUAAAAUGAUUGGGUAUGGGGCAUUCGGCCGAGUACAUUCAUGGACUGACAACAGAAGUGGGCGGAGGGUGGCUGUGAAGAUGAUAUCGAACAUUUUUAUGACAAGUUCGUCGGCAAAGCGGGUAUUUAGAGAGCUGAAAAUAUUGGGAUCUGUGAGGCAUGAUAAUGUGCUGGGGCUUUUUGAUGUCGCCAGGCCUACAAGGACGGAUUUUCAGCAAGUGUAAGUGGUUAAAAUAUUGAUUUUCGACGUAGAUUCGUUUUGGACCUUAUUUUAGAUGUUUUGGGAAAUUUUAUUACCUAAAACAGAUUUCUUUCAUUUCUUUUUACCAAGUUUUACAACAUAAUUUGUUCAAAGAUACCUAAAAUAAUGAAAAGUUUCAGAUUUGUCUUCACAGACCUAAUGGAAACCGAUCUCCACAAGGUCAUUGUCUCAGAUCAAGUCCUCGACCAAAUCCACAUCAAACUGUUUGUUUAUCAACUCCUUCGCGGACUCAAAUACCUUCAUUCCGCCAAUAUUAUCCAUAGAGAUCUCAAGCCCUCAAAUCUACUGGUCAAUUCGAAUUGUCUUCUCAAAAUCUGCGACUUUGGACUAUCACGGAUAUGGAACGAAACAGUGCAGGAGCCUAUGUCAAUAGAAGUAAUCACGAUGUACUAUCGACCGCCUGAAUUAUUGAUGGAGAAUUGUUAUUAUACUAGAUCAGUGGAUAUUUGGAGUGUUGGAUGUAUAUGGGCGGAGUUGUUGUUGAGGAGGCCGUUGUUUCAAGGGACGACAGAGGUCGAGGUAUGUGCGGAAUUUAUUGUUUGGGGUGCAGAGGGCUUGGUUUUUUAUUUUGCUAUCAAUUGACCAAUUUUGGUACCUAAAAUAAUAUAAAAGCUGCGAUUUUUGAUAAAAAAAUUGUUGAUCAUUAUAUUGGCGCGGAUAGAGCAUUAACAGGUUGUAUGUGAGCUGAACGGAGCGUGGAUUUUGGGGUAGUUUUUUUAAAAGUGAAUUUAAAAUGAAUGUAUGACUUUUGUACCGAAAAUUGUAGAAAAGUAAAACUUUAUAUGAUUUUUUUUAUUUUUCAGCAACUAGACAAGAUAAUUGAGUUUCUCGGGCCUCCAAUGCCGGCAGAAAUGAUCGGAGUCUCGCCCAAUUUCCUGCACAGCAUCCCAGCCAACUACAAAAACCAUCAACGGCGGCAAGAUGAAAGAAAAUGGUCGAUAUUCCCCUUACAUCCUGCGGAUCUGAUGCUUCUCAAAAGCUUUUUGAACUACGAUCAUAGGAAACGAUGUAGCGCGGAUCAAGCGUUGAAACAGCCAUACAUGACAGAGGCGAGAGGAUUUUUCCAUGGAGAGAUUUGUUCUUGUUGUAGACAUGAUCAAGGCCCGAUGAUGACGUGUGAUGAUCCGGAACCAAGGGUAAGAUUGAAGCUUAUUUUUCUAUUUUUUCCAAGUUAUUACCAAAAUUAAUAUAAUUUUAGCACCCUGCUCCAAUCCAUCCCAGUUUCGAGAUUGACUUACGACAACAAACGAUAUGGGAACUCCAAACAAAUCUGCAUCAGAUGCUUGUAAAACAUCCCGGCUUCAUGAACAUGCCCAUAAAUGACAAUGAACAAUUCCUUCAAGAGAUCCUCUGGAAUGGGCAUUCAAACCUAGGCCAUAGUUAA